AUGGGUGACAUGAAAACUCCGGAUUUCGACGACCUCCUGGCGGCUUUCGACAUCCCCGACAUCGACACCAACGAGGCCAUCCACUCUGGCCACGAGGAGCCUGAGGCCCACAUCAAACAGGUCCCUGGGGAGCCGGGACCCCCCGACCACGUCCUGCCCCACACGGACAUCACUGCUGUCAGUGUCAUUGUCAAAAACACCGUCUGCCCCGAGCAGCUCGACGCCCUGGACGGGCGCAGCAAAGAUGGGCACGUCCUAAAAAGCUCUCGCCUGCUGCAGAACGGCUUUGGGGCCACCGAGCUGCCCAGGUCCCCCACCCCCAGGUCCAUGGAAGCCGUGGCGUCCUCCAACGGGGAGUGUUGGGGGAAGGAAAAAGGUCCCAAACCCUUGGAUAUCUUCUCCCACUUCAGCCCCGAUCCUAACGAGGAGAACGCCGCCAACCUCAUCGACAGAGCCCGGGAGUGUAAGGCCAAGGAGAAGUCCCUCGCCGUGCCCUCCCUGUCCCCCUCGCCCACCCCCUCUCUGGACUGCAAAGAGCCCAUGGGGGAGAGCUCAGAGAACCUCCCCUCGGCUUUUCAGCAGCCUUUUGAACCCAGCCAGGCCAGGGGUGGGAACGGGUCCCCUCCUUCCAUCCCCUGCAUCAAAAAAGAGGAGUCUGACUCGGAGGAGGCGUGUCGUGAAGCCAGCCCCAAGGGGUUGGUCUCAGCCCUGGGCGACAGCCCCUUGGAGCACCUGAAGUCGGUCACCGUUCGCUACUCCGGGGACGAUUCCCCCAUGGCCUCCUGGCCCAGCUCGGAGCCCACCCUGGAGGGUGGCACUGGGAGCCUCGCUGAGGUGAAGCACUCACCCCCCGCCAGCCCCCGGGAGCCCUUCUUCAAACCUUCCUCCCCAGGGGUGCAGAGCCCCAGGCUCCACCCCUCUCCCAAGCCGCUGGAGAACAUCUCCCUCAAGGAGGAGCGAGAAGUUCUGGAGAAGUCGAUGGGAAGCCCUCAGAGCAUGUCCAGUGCUGAGGAGGAGGAGGAGGAAGAGGACAACAACAACGAUUCGCCAUCUUCCAACUCCUCCCGACCCCUCAAAGUGAGGAUUAAAACCAUCAAAACCUCCUGUGGCAGCAUCACCAGGACGGUGACCAGGGUCUCCUCGGAUUCGGAGCCGGGCUCCACCAAGGGCCCACCCGAGCAGAGCUCUCAGGAGACCUCCCUGGAGUCCUCCAGCUUCUCCACGUCGGCGGAGAAAGAGGAAGGCAUCGCUCUGGAGGCUCCGAAGGACAAACUGGAGCUCUCCAGCCCUUUAAAAUCCCUGGAAGGGCCAAAAAUAGUCAGCGUUCAGCUGGGCAACGGCACCAAGCUGAAGGGCACGGUGCUGCCCGUCUCCACCAUCCAGAGCGCCAGCAGCGCCAUGCUGAUCGCCGCCAGCGUGGCCCAGCAGAAAUCCUCCUCCCUGCCGGCCAAAUCCACCAAAUCUUUGGCCAAAAACAUCAUCAACCUGGUGCCUCAACCCCUCCCCAAAACCGACGGCGGGGGCAACGUCGGCGCCGUCGCCCCGGCGGCCAACCAGAAGCUCAACGGCACCACGGUGGUGAUGGUGCAACCUCAGAAACCUUCUCCCACCGUGGCGGGCACCGUCAUCUCCCGCAGCCAAUCCAGCCUGGUGGAAGCCUUUAACAAAAUCCUCAACAGCAAGAACCUUUUGCCUACUUACAAACCCAACCUGAGCCCUCCAGCCGACGCCAGCUUGGCCUUGCCACCUUUUGGCUACCGUUGCUUGGAGUGUGGAGACUCCUUUGCCCUGGAGAAGAGCCUGGCCAGGCACUACGACCGGCGCAGCAUGCGCAUCGAGGUCACCUGCAACCACUGCACCAAACGUUUGGUCUUCUUCAACAAGUGCAGCCUCCUCCUCCACGCCCGGGAGCACAAGGACAAAGGUUUGGUGAUGCAAUGUUCUCACCUGGUGAUGAGACCCAUCGCUUUGGAUCAGAUGAUCGGCCAACCAGACAUCACCCCUUUGGUCUCCGUGGCUUCUUUCCCCGCUGGGAAGGUGACGGGCGUGGCUCAGGAGGCUUUAGGGGUGGCCAAUGGGGCUCAGGAUCUGCCAGUCUUGCCUCUGAGCAACAGCUCGGAGCAGAGCAACUACAGCUGCUUCAGGUGUUUGGAGUGCAAGGAGCAGUGCAAGGACAAGGCCGGGCUGGCUGCUCACUUCCAGCAGGCAGUGACCUCAGGGACCACCAGCAGCACG